CAUGUCAUUCAAUUCACGUAUUUUGUUAUUUGUUGUUUGACUAAGCAUGGAUGUCACUUUUUCGUUUUUUCCCUGUUCUGUGGGUGUGUGAGCGAGCACAUGCACGCAUGCGCCGUGGUUUCGCUGCUGCAGAGCGUUCGCCGAGGAAAGCCGACGCUGCCAAGGAAACACAUGCAGACAUAAGGGAAUCCAGAUUUCAGCAUCGUCCUCCAUUCCCAUGACUUCCAUAAUGCAACGAUAAUGAUGGAUGCGCACAGCCUUCGUUGCAUUCCAUGCGCGGUGUCUAAAUAGGUGCCAAAUAAUACAAACAACGAAAGGAGGUAAAUAAAAAGCAAACAAAAGGAAAAGCAAAACAUCCAGUGGUGAGUGUCUGGCCGUUUAGGGCGCUGCCGCCAUGCCGCUGGUGAAGAGGUGCAUCGAGCCCCGGCACCUGUGCCGCGGAGCCGUGCCGGACGGGGUUACCAGCGAGCUGGAGUGUGUCACUAACAGCACCCUGGCAGCCAUUAUCAAACAGCUGGGGGGCCUGAGUCGACAUGCAGAGGACAUAUUCGGCGAGCUGUUCAACGAGGCCAAUAGCUUCUACAUGAGGAUGAACAGCCUCCAGGAGAGGGUGGACUUGCUGGCUGUUAAAGUCACCCAGCUGGAUUCCACGGUGGAGGAGGUUUCACUGCAGGACAUCAACAUGAGGAAGGCCUUCAAGAGCUCCACCAUACAGGACCAGCAGGUGGUGUCCAGGAACUCCAUCCUAAACCCAGUCAUGGAGAUGUACCAUCGCUGUGACAAACCUCCGCCUCUCAACAUCCUUAGCCCCUAUAGGGAUGAUAAAAAGGAUGGCCUCAAGUUCUACACAGAUCCUUCCUACUUCUUCAAUCUGUGGAAGGAAAAAAUGCUCCAGGCUACGGAAAAUAAGCGCAAGGAGAAGAGGAGGCAGAAGGCAGGUGACAAGGAACAGAAACAGGUCGAGGACCCCAGCCGGGAGGUGAAGAAAGUGAGAAAGGCCCGGAACCGUCGUCAGGAGUGGAACAUGAUGGCUUACGAUAAGGAGUUCCGACCAGACACCCGCCUGACGCCCUCACCCUACCAUGGCAUGUCCUCAGAGGGAUCUCUCUCUCCAGACAGGUCCGGCAUGUCGGAUGAGAUGUCCUACCCCGCCAGCCCAAACCACCUGCCUCAGGAGGGAGCCGUACUGGGCCCGGAUGGGAAAGAGCACCUGACAGGCCCCAACCAGACCCAGUCACUGGAUCGGGCCUACCGUCCCCCAGCUGCCACCACUGCUGCCGGCCAAGGCCGCCAGCAUUCCCUGGGUCGUGUGCAGCCCCAUCCUGGAACCGCUGACCCGUCCCUGAACGGACCCGGGCCCGCAACCGCAAAGGAUGCCAGUGGCCACCAGAUGCCCGAGCACUUCAUCCCUCCGGCCCCGCCUCCGCCUCCUCCCAUUAUCCCCUCGGCCCAGACAGCAUUCGACAGCGCCACGGGGCCUCCCGGCCUUGCCCCAGGCACGGUGGCCGCCUUGUCGCGCCCCUACAGCCCCUCGCCCCCUCCGCCCCCGCCCACCGGCUAUGUCCCCUCCCCCUCCCACCCCAGUGCCGGGGGACCCCCCGCAGCCCCUCCUCCACCCCCGCCAGCUGGGCCUCCGACGUUCGCUGCCUCUCCAGCGCACGCCACGCACCCGCCCGGGGGCACGCUGCCGAGGAAGGGCAAGGUGCUGGGCAUCCCGAUAAGCGACGCGCGCAGCGACCUGCUGUCCGCCAUCCGCAGAGGUAUACAGCUGAGAAAGGUUCAGGAACAGAGGGAACAGGAAGCCAAGAAGGAGCCAGUGGGCAACGACGUGGCCACCAUCCUGUCGAGGCGCAUUGCCGUGGAGUACAGCGAAUCAGACGAGGACUCGGAGCCCGAGGAGAACGAAUGGUCAGACUGAGGGGAAGGACAAGGAGAAAAGGGGGCGGAGCAGAGCCAGCGUCUCACUAUAGUCCUUCUACACACUGCUGCUAUUCCAGUACCAGGAUACACACACUCAAACACACACACACUCACGCACACCAACUCGCGCACACACAGUCCUCACGUACUACGUCUCCGUAGACCUCUGGUUUGAGACAUUAGAUGAGAAAGUAGAGACAGUACGACAGUAUUCAUUAUCUAAUCUGAUCGGGGCUGAUAAAGAGGGGGGUGUGAAGGACGCGACAGUGGAACUGUGGCUGAGGGGGCGGGGUCUGUUGAAACCAAGGACAGCUCGCUCAUAACUAUAUAUACAGUAUAUUAAAUAAUAUAGUAUCAUAUAUUACUCAUGGUCCAGUAUAAAAGUGUUUUUUUCAUGAGUCCUGAUAUUGAAGUUUGAAUAUUAUUUGUGGUUUCAGAUGCAUUUGGAUUUUCAAAUCCUUCCCCUGUAAAUGAGCCUGACCAAAAACCACAAUUUUUGUUUUCUAGGUGAAGAUGCACGCUAAGGAUGUCUUAAAACUCAUCAGAUUUUUUACUUAAUGCACUUAAAUGUUUUGUUCAUUUAAAGUAUUAUUUGAAGAGGAAUUUUCCAUUUUGGUUGUACUGUUUGUAAUUACUGUGCAUAUGAAGAAGACAGAUUAAGUGUAUCGUUUGAUCAUUAUUGAACAUAUGGUACUGUAGCCGUAACUGUGUCAUCAUCACACGUUUCUGUUCUCUUUAGGGACAUUGUUUAUGUCACGUUGUUCAAUAGUUUACAGUGAUGUGCUUUAGUAUUUCUAGUCUUACCAGCAGUGUGUAACACCAGUUGCUGUUUUUUUGGUUUACAUUAUUUGCUGGUUGACUAAUGACUCCUGUGUAACACAGACUUUAACUUGCCAAUUAUUUAGGGGUUUAUUAUUUAGGGUGUGUGUGUGUGUGUCAGGGAAAAAUGAUAUCUCAUUGCCUUGCUGUUUAUUAUUUUCUGACUCACUUCCAGGGCCUGGGAUAGUAGAUGAAUGCUUGUGAGCUUGUGGUCCAUCUUGAUUAAUGUUCCCCUGGAACAGGAGAAAGGGGUCAUAGCAAUGUAUCAAACAUACUGAUCCUAUGUUUUAGUAAGUCAUAUGUUUAUAUAACUACGAACGUGCUUUACAAUUCAUUGUUAUAUCGAUUUUUUGUAACACUACUUGUUAAAUCAAUUUGGGUAUCUAAAUAUGAAAUGACUAUCACAGUGAUCGAACCUAGAACUAGUGCAUGUAUGAAUAGUUAAUAAAAUUAAAUAAGUGUUAUGGUGCCUUA